AUGCCUACGAACCUUCCUAGACCAUGCUCACAGUGCAUCUGCCGGCUCAGGCUGCGAUCGCUCGCCACCCGCAGCCCUCCCCUCCGCCUCCUCUCCUCUGCUUCUCAACACAAGCCAAGUAAAGACCCGUCCGCCACCGCCUCCGAAGCCACCGCCUCCGAAGCCAACGCCUCCGAAAAGCCAGGCAACGAGGCCCCCGCCGCCGCACCCCAAGAUGACCCUCCAGCCGUAGACACCCUCCCAGGCGCCCUCUCCCGCCGCCUCGAGCAAGCGACCGAAGAAGCCAUGACAGGCAGCACAUCCGGCUUCCGCGCCGUCGCCACGGAAGCAGGCUUCUCCCCGGCCCUCAAGGACCGCCUCUUCGAAAAGGUCCAGGCCGCCACGUUCCAAGAUGCCCAAGGCCACCCCUGUGCCGAGGCGGGCGCGCAGGAGGGCAUCGUGACGCCGUGGAUCGAGAAGCAGCAGGAGGUCGUGCGCGAGGUCGCCGCCUUCCGCGCCCGUCUGCGCGGCGACUGGGCGCGGCACGCGGCGCGCAUGAUUGCCGCAUCGGGGGGCGAUGUCACGGCGCAGGCGGCACGGGCCGACGGGUUUGCCGCUGCGGAGGCGAGGGUUAACCCGCGGCGGCGCAAGGACGAGGCUGCAGCGGCGGCGCAAGGGGCAGCGCCCGUGGAAGCUUCGGCGGAGCAUGUUGGUGCCAUCUUCCGCGAUCCGGCGUGGGAGGCGGCCGAACGGUCGUAUUUGACGCUGUCGGUGGAAACGCUCAACAGUCUGACGCGGUCCUACAACCUCAUGGCGCCGGAGCUGGCGAAGAAGCCCUACUACUCGCUGGAACGCGAGCUCAAGGCCUGCUACGCCGACGUCGCGCCGCUGCUGCCGGAUAUGAUUCGAGAUCGGGGGCUUCGGCCGGCGAGGUCGCUGCUUGCCGAGGGCCAAGGCGCCCCACGGCCGCCGAGCAUGUUUGCGCAGCUUGGCGGCGAGGGCCACGCGAGGGUGUACGAUAACAAGGCCCCGAGAUACGGGUUCAAGGAGAUGUGGAGAGACAUUUGGGGAGCCAAGAAGGCUUAG